CUUUAUUCUGUUUUCAGCAGAGAGAUAUUGGCAACAGAGACAAAAUAAUUUUUUUAACUAUUAUGGCCCCGACAACGUACAAACUUUACUAUUUCGAUACAAACGGUCGAGGUCAAAUUAUUAGAUAUUUAUUGGCUUAUGGAAAUCAAGAUUUUGAGGAUAUUAGGAUUCCAAAGGAAAAAUGGCCUGAAUUUAAGAAAAAAACUCCAUAUGGCCAGGUUCCUAUCCUUGAAAUUGACGGGAAACCAAUUGCACAGAGUUUUGCUAUUGCACGCUACUUGGGAAAAAAGUUCAAUCUCGUCGGAAAAAAUGAUUUAGAAGAUCUAGAAUGUGACUCGUUAGUAGAUACACUAGAAGAUCUUGUAAAAAGAGGUACAAAUUACUUUGAUGAAGAAAACCCAGAACAGAAGGAGAUUUACAGGAAAAAGUAUUAUGAAGAAGAUGUUCCAUUCUACUUAGAAAAGUUUGAUGUAAUGGUUUCUAAAAAUGGAGGAUACAGUGUCGGAUCACAGCUUACUUGGGCAGACUUUCCAUUUGUCGGCACUUUAGAAGAACUUGAAAACAGAGGACCUGGUUUAUUGAAGUCCUAUCCGGCUCUGAGCAGUCUGGUCGAUAAGGUCAAUAAUUUACAAAGAGUAAAAUCCUGGAAAGAAAAAUCGGCGCAACAGAAGAAAUAUAUUUAAGAAUACCUAUCUACUAAUAUGCUCUUGUUUCAUGUUAUUAAAAUUAUCACGGUUGAAAGACCGAACUCUAUUGGUAUUAAUCUAAUUUAAAAAGAUAACAAUUAACAAGAUAAUGGGGAAUGUCAUCGACGUUCAUUUCCAAGCCAACUGGAUGACGUUUUUUUUUCGAUCAUACGGUAUAUUAAACCAAACCAAACCAAACCAAACAUGUCUAUCAUGUUAAAUAGAUAAGACUCAAGACUUAUAAGUAUUUAGUUGCUGCUCAUAUGCUUUAUGUCCACAAGCUAUUAUAUCGUUAUAAUCUACCAUAUUGGAGAUGGUGAAAAUUGUUAUUCUGUUCUGAAAUUUUACUACCAUAUAACUACUGACUUCUGCUGAUGAUAACAGCAUCUUAAAGAAAAUCCAAAAGAGCUGAUGCUUCCACUCAUAAACUAUUAGUAUUCUUCUGUACAAUUACCAGAUGAGCUUCUCUUGAAUUCUGUGUAACGCUGGCUUGUUUAUUAGAGAAAUGUAAUUCUACGUAAAACUUAAUAAUAUAAUAAAUUAUAA